UUUGGGAAGUGGUCUCACCUGUGAGGACCGACUUGGAUGCAUCCAUACGGCUCUGCCUGGAAACAAGGACAACAUAGGUGGAAUAUUUACGGGACUCUCAAAAAAGGGCGACGGCUUCUAAAAUGACAACAAUUGAUCAUAUCUUUAUCAUUCAAUCGAAAUAAUAAUGUAUUGAUCUCGAAAGCAAUUCAAACGUUCAGUAGCAUAUGUUAUACAAAACAAUACACAUUUUAAAAAGCUAUGUACAUUUAUCAAAAUAACACCUGAUAAAUAACGAUCAAAUGCUUAUUAUUAUCAAUGCACACAGCACAUAAAGUACGCUUUAAAUUACGUAAAAUGCUCAUAUUCCAACAACAAAUUGAAUUCUAAUAAGUUAUACAUAGUCCAGAGGGUGUUUUUUCUAGAUUCGCUGGAUGAAUAUGAUCAUGAAAAUGACAUGAGAUCGAUAUGAUCAACGGAUCAAUAUGACCAAGAAGAUAUUAGAUGAGUACGACCACGAAGAUGUUAUUUAAAUGAAUAUGAUCAUGACUAUAUCAGAUGAUAAUAUUGUCUUUGAAACCUUUAUGGCGUUUCUUCCCCCUAGCGGCGGGCGCUGGCAGCGUAUCCCGCCUACUGGCAAGCGGCACACGCACACGCACACGCACGCUAGUGUGUUUGUCAGACUCAAAGCCGAGCGCGAGCAGCUAGCCGCCAUUUUCUCCGCGUCUCUCCCUAAAAGCAGAGAAAAAGACUCGCGUCAAAACGCCAUCCGGAUGGUCCUCCGCUCGUCGAAAAUCGGGGAUUGUGCCGACGGUAUCCGCGAGAUUGCCUCCAUUUGAGCAAGUUUGGGACGGAAAGGAGUGUUUGACGGCCUUGUGCGAAAUUGGCCGCAGCGAGGGGAGCUAGUAGGCGAGCAAGGUGUAGAUCGUUGAUUCGUCCAUUGCCUCAAUCCGGAACGAAGCCGAGCGGCGCCGUGAAGCGGGCCGUUUGGCACCCCCGGUUGCGAUUUUUGGACACAUUAAUGGCAUAGAGGUCGAUUCCUACCGCCUUCUUGCCACAGCGCCCCUGUUUUUUCCACCCAAGUGUUGGGGAUUGUUAACCAAAUUCCCUCGGAUAGUGCAAGCUCGUCACGUGGUAGGUUCCUCCUUUUUCUUUGUUAGCAGCUAGCCUACGUUAGCAUGCCAGUCUGCUCUCAACAAGCACCGGCUGUUGUUAUUGCCGUGCAAUACGCAGGAAUGGAAGCCUGGCCCCGUUGUGUCUUUGCAAGGCUUCUAGCUCGCCAUUCCGUGGAUCCCGUCGAUGUGCGCUGCUGUUGUGCUUGGAUUGACUUGACAUAAUAACCUCGUAAUGUGGCUGUGGAUUCCACUGUGGGCGUUAUUCGCUCUACGUAGCCACUGGCUAAACGCUAGCUUGUAUAAUGCGGAUAGAUAAAGAACCGUAUUAAUAAGACUACUAAUAAUAGAGUCGUGUUGUGUUGGUUGCAUCAGCAGAGCUAACGGGGCUAACGUUAGCCUUCCUGACAUUUAAUUUCACACUGUCAUACAUGCUCAGCUUGAUGUCACUGGCGCCAACAUGCGUGUGCACGUUUGGUAAACACUAUGAAGACAUUUUGAUGUUUGCGAGCUUGUAAAUGGACGCAUUGUCACUAUGUAUGCCCCAGUCAUGCCAUCGGUGUGUAGGAUGGACGUGUUAUGUGCUAAAAUGCAUUACAUAAUGUGCGUCGGAAAUCCCAACAUGGCGUAGUGGCGCUGACUAGAAACUGCAGUGAAAUAGUGAGAGGCCCAUUCAUGGCAGCCUGCACACAUCCGCCUUCAUCUUUGCCAUCACAGGCAGCCCUCUUUCAAGUGCACAGCUCGCUGCUUUGACUGUCACUGUUUGUGUGUGUGUGUCUAUUUGCUAAAUAGUCCCAUCUUGAAUGUUGAUGACAUCAUGGGCUUUGGUCCUAAAUCCAUCUACUUAUUGCCCUCAGCACUAAGGCCACAUGUAGCCUUUAGCGCUAAUCUUUUUUUUUUAUGCUCACCUUACAAAUUCUUCCUCUUAGCAUCAACAAGAUGGUCCAGUUUGUUGCAGUGUAGCGUUUAACUUGAUUUGUUGAGAAUGAAUGUAUGACCUUUGCACUGAAGGCUGACAACCUGUAGUUCAAGUUGUAUGCAUAUAUUGCAUAUCCUAGUAGUGUUUUGUACCACUUCCUCCUCCUUCACUGAAGAUGCUGUGUACUGGCGCAUAAUCAAGAAAGGUGCAUUAUAUGUGACAUUUGUGGUAUAAAUAACAUGCCAAACUCCACUUUUAUCAGUGUUGUGAAUGUGCAAGGUUAGAUUGUUGCCUCCACCAAGGCUGUCCUCCGGGGGGGCAGUAAGCGGGUGGUGUGGAGCAGGCCGCGGUGCCCGUCCCUCUGCACUGCAUGGCUGCGAUGGCGCCCGCUCUCACCGACGCCCCAGCCGAAGCUCACCACAUCCGCUUCAAACUGGCUGCCCCGUCAUCGAGUCUGUCCGCAGCCAGUGCAGAGAACAACGGUAACGCCAACAACAUACUCAUCCACGGCACCGGCCCCGCCAAGUGUAAGGUCGCGUCUGAAGAAACGGGUCCUCUUGUUGACUUCUGCGGCGGAGACCAGGACCAGCAACAGCAGCAGCAGUCCCAAGCCGACUCCGUGGCCCAGGCGUCGGCCCUGGGCAAGCUCCAGCCACUGGUGGCUUCCUAUCUCUGUUCUGAUGUGAAAUCUGUUCCGUCAACUAAGGAGUCAAUCACUCUUCAAGGAGUCCUCAUCAAACAGUCGGUCUUGAAAAGUCACAGAAUAUUGCCCAGCUCCCUGCUCAACGGCGGAGACUUCCUGUUGAGGAAGCGGCACGCCAUCGAACUUUCAGGAGGCCAACUCAAAAGCCUCAUGAGUGGCAGCACGAACGGUGGGGGCCAGCCUAUGGCACCUGUCAAUGGCCUAGCCAAGAAGCUGGCCACCAUGUCUGGCUCCAGUUGUGUGAUGGCCAUGAAUGGAGAUAAGACUCCUGCCUCCACAGACUCCCAAUCCCAGAACCAGACUUUGGACUCAAACGCCCUGACAGCAAACCUAGUAGGUCAUAUUCCAGUGAAAGGAACCGUUAAACACAAGCAUUCCCCUGGAGUUUGUCAAAAUACGGAACCAACAGACCAUCAGACUGUUGCACUUUCCCGCUGUUCGCAUGACAACCGCGACGCCGGUGUAGAAGUCAAGUUGGAGGAGACGGAUGCGCACACAACUACUAGUACCAGUACUAGUCCGUCACAUGGUUUAGACAGGGAGAGACCGGGUUGUAGCCAGCAGGGCUCCCCGUCUUUGGACAUUCUUGACACGCAAGUCGCGGAGCGCACGCGCCUCAGCAGAAGCCGGCAAGUCGAAAUUGAAAAUCGCCUUCGACGGCUGCGCAAACGUCUUCAGGUGGUCCAGGCCAAGCAGGUGGAACGACACAUUCAGCAGCAGCUCGGCGGCUUCCUGGAUACAGCUGUCAGUCGACUGUUGGCUGGGAACCGCAAAGACCAGGCCGCCCCCACGGCAACAUGGAGGACAGGCCGCCACUCUUCGUCAAACAACAGAGACAGUUUGGGGCGCUUCCUAAAGAGCGGCUCCAUGCCUUUGGAACUGGAGAGGUUGUAUCUGAGCGGCUCGGCGAACCUGCACUCGGCGGAGACGGCGUUCGACUCGGAUGUAACGGAGAGCAGCUCUGGAGGAGACUCAGACCUGGAGGAGGAGGAGCUGACCCGGGUGGACAUUGAGCAGCGCCAUGUCAAAAUAUGGAAGCGUGCGGAGAGUCGCUACACGCUGGAGAGAGCGGCGAUCAUCAGUCACUGGAACUGGCUGCAGGCUCACAUCUCCGACUUGGAGUAUCGCAUACGGCAACAGACAGACAUUUACAGACAGAUUCGCGCGAGCAAGGGCUCAGUGGAGCUAGGAGGUGUUGGUCCUCAAGAAGUCAAGAUGGAGCCUGCGAAUGCUCAGGAUGCAACUUCAGAGCGUCUAGAGCACGGUUCCCCUGCAGAGCCUUGGAAAGGUCAAAACGGGCAACCGGUCAACGGCGUCCUGAGCAGGAUGGCGGAGUGUGUGGAUGGAAAACACCAGCAGCCGCUUGACAGUACGUGUGUGGCAGCACGGACGCGGCCGCUCGUGAGUUGGCGCCGACGGAGGCUCAUUCAGCCCAAUACCGUGGCGAACCUGACUGGCAAGGCGUCCAGAAGCAGCCUCAUCCAGUGCACGUGCCGGGUCAACCCAAGCUGUGUGAUGUGCGGUGGCCGGCCCACCCCCAGAGAAGACCCCCAGUACGAGCUGCCCACCCUGGAGCGCCUGUCAAGACUGGAUCUUGGCGUCCACCCCAUCCUCUCCUUCCCUGACGACGUUUGUAUCGGCCUUCGUCUGCAGCAGGUGAUGAAGAGCUCGUGGAACAGCAGGUCGCUGGAGAGGAGCAAACCUCUCAAGAAGCUCUCUCUCAAACACAAGCUGUCGUCCUCCAAAGAGAAGCACAAGUUUGCCAACUCGCUCAUGGCAGUCAGGCUGGGUCACUACAAGAGUCGAGCUGACAAGUUGAGGACACUGGAGAGCAGCGCCGCUGCGUGUAAGACGGAGCGGCUACAUGCCGCGCCACUGGGUCCGUACGAGAGGAACUACAGCCGCAAGAGACUGCGAGAGCCCUUGUUGGACACCAGUGACUCCUCUCCAAAGCUCUUUGUGGACACCAGCGGUCCUUGUCCAUCACUGGCCAGCAUGCAUGCGUCCUUGCACAGCCCCGUCACACGCCAGCUGUCCACGUCAUCGGACAACGCCAUGCCGCUGGGCAUCGGCCCACCUCUGCCCAUCAAGAGAAGGCGGGGAGAAAGCUCCUUCGAUAUCAACAACAUUGUCAUUCCUAUGUCCGUGGCCGCGACCACACGAGUGGAGAAGCUGCAGUACAAAGAGAUCCUCACGCCCAGUUGGCGAGCUGUCGACGUCCUAUCUCAGCCCAUGGCGGAGGACGAGGAUGAGCGUGACGUGGAGGACUUGUCGGACGCCGCCUUCAUCCUGCUGCAUCAGCCCUACGAGGACCAGGAGCGAUCUCGCUGGACUUGGAUGGCCUUGGCCCCGGCGAAGAGGAGGGGCAGCAGGUCGUACAAGUCUGUCGAUGGCCGCACCACCCCACUCUUGUGCGGCACCAACCCGUCUACCCCACAGCCGGCGUCCCCCGACCCCAGCCACUACCCCAUGCUUCACGACUACAGCCACGUGCCGUCACCCAUGAGUCCAGCCAGCCCCGACACUGCAUCCAACCCCCACACACCGUGCUCCAGGGACUCCCAUAGACUUCUGUCCAGCGAGGACACGCGCUGCUCCACGCCGGACUUCACCUUUGAGGAAAGGACUGUGGCGCCGUGGGAGCGGCGAAACUUCCCGUUGCCCGAAGACCCCACCCCAGAGCCCGAGGUGGAGGGCGAGCCCCACAGGCCUAGGAUGCGAAGCAUCUCAGGCUGCCGAGCGAGCACUUAUGGCCGACUGGAUUCAGACGACGGUGAAACGCCUUGUGAGGAUGGCGGUCCAAAACACAAAGCGUCAGGCCACCGAUGAGCGGGCGGCGCUCGUACAUGAACUUGAGCGGACUUGAAGUGGCUCCUGUUGUUUGAUAUUCAAACAUCAGUCUAAUUCUUUCACAGUUUUUAGUGAACAUGACGCAGAUAGAAGCCUUUCCCGACAAAAAACAUGUUACAGUAUGGUUUGUGUAGUAGGCUAAACAAUGUACAUGGGGGCUUAGUGGUGUUUCAUAUGUGCCGUGUACACUCGUAGCGCACUAUGUAGCGACUCCUCCCAAUAUGGCCAAAGGGUGUUUUUCUAUCAUUAGUUUGCUUGUAAUUCCCAUGUACAUUUUUAGUGGAGUGACAAAUAACAAAAGAAAAAAAAAACUCCCACCCCCCCCAUCCAAAUAAACAGGUACAUUUAGGAUGUGGCCCCUCCCCUUUGGCGGCGGCCUGACAUCAGAGCACUUGUUUAGUUUUGUUGCUUUUUCCAUUCCGGACAUGUUUGUAUGUUGUGUGUUCCAGCGUAACGUUGUCUUUGACUAGUGAACCAUUCCUACGUGACGCUGGGGUGUCUUUCAGCAUUUGUCCUGCAGGAGGCGCUGCUGCAUGCUAAACAUGCUAACACUUGUCACAUGUAGCAGCUCUCAGCAAGAUGCCACCAGAGCUCAGGUUGUUCAACCUUAAGGGAAACUCUCCUGUUCACAUCCGAACCACACGCUCCCGUUGACUUGAUUACUAUGCAAAAUUGAAAAGAAAAAAAAAAAAUCCAUCCUUUGCUUUUGCCACAGCCAAUCACUGUUGUCUUUUCAGUAGUGACGUCACACGAUGUACCGUUUGAUUGUUGCAGCAGUUAAUCACGUUUCUUUUUGUAAAUAGCUCCAUUAAAACAUUUAUGUUAUAUCUUG